AUGGAAUUUGAGAUGUCACCACCACCUACUCAAGGGUUAAAGGUAAGACAACUCCCAUAUGAAAUCACGGAAGUGAGCAUUCCCACAUGUAAGGAGUAGCUGGGUCUUUUUCUGGGGAACAACAUGUCUAUGGUAAACAGAAACCUCGUUAUUUUUUGUUUUUAUGUGCAGUAACUAACAAUCAUCUGUUUAAAAUGUUAGAUACCUUCUAGGUGUCAUGCAUUUCUUUUUUAAACAGUUUUUUUUGCAGCGAAUCUAUUAUGACGCUCCUGCAAAUAGCUUCGUGUAGACACAUGCAUUUUAACUGAUGUGUGUGGCAUAUAGGACAGAUUUUGUCAUAGGGAGAAUUUUUGGGGUGUUAAGAAGGUAUUCAACUUAUUUUUAAGUCGGAUACAAAUAUUUUGGCACAAUGUGGUGUGGAAGUAUUUUCAGCAUCCGCUGAUUUACAUAUUAUUCUCAGUAUAUAGGGGAAAUUAUGUGUGUGGUUUUGUUUAACUGACCUUGUGGUACCAGAAGUCCUCACAAGGAUAGUAAAACAAGAACAUUUUGACAAGUGGGGACUAAAUACUAUUUUAUGUUUAGGGUUACAAUUAGGGUUAGGUUUAGGGUUAAUGUUAGGUUAAGGGUUAGAUUUAGGGUUAAGGAAAAUAGGAUUUUGGAUGGGAAUCGAUUCUUUGGUCCCCACAAGGAGCGCAAUACAAAACUUUUUUUUCUCUUCUCAAGGCUGAAUUUGAAAAGGCUGCGGAUGAGGUGAGGAGGCUGACCGUACAACCUAGCUACGCUGAACUAGCAGUGGUAUAUGGUUUGUACAAGCAGGCGACAAUUGGCAACGUCAACACGGGUGAGUCAUUCUGUUCAACCUGUCCUACAGGCUGCACCUCAUUCUUAAAGCCAAAUCCCUGAUUAUUGUCUAAUCUUUCUGGUACCACUUCAAGCAUCAAGAUAAUGACAUACAACUUCUUAUAAGUAUGGCCAGGAGUUUUGGGGCACUUUGAGGCACUGUGCUUUUACCGGUAUUUCCAGCAUUGUCAGCUAGUGCUGCUGCAGGUAGGAAAUGUUCUGUAAUUGACGCAAGCUGUCUCCACUCAAUCAAUCCAUGUCUGGUUGGCGGGGGUAUCGCUUAAAGCAAGGGAGGCAUAGCUCUGUGAAUCUUAAUCGCACAAAGCCUAUUAUUUGGCAGGGAAUACUAUUUGUACACCUCACUUUUCUCAAACUGAUCCUCUAACGGACUCGGAAGUUGUAGCAAAAAAAUUGUCAAUUAAGGGCAGUUAAUGUGGAGAGUCAAUGAAACCAACCAUGAAAGUAUAUUUUAGUGAAUUCGGUGAGUAGCCCCGAAUAGGACUCGAACACGGGUCCUGCGACUGUUAAACCAACACCUUAACCGUACAGUCGUGGUCAAGUUUUGAGAAUGACACAAAGUAUUGGUCUUCACAAAGUUUGCAGCUUCAGUGUUUUUAGAUAUUUGUCAGAUGUUACUAUGGUAUAAUUACAAGCAUUCCAUAAGUGUCAAAGGCUUUUAUUGACAAUUACAUUACGUUUAUGCAGAGAGUCAAUAUUUGCAGUGUUGACCCUUCUUUUUCAAGACCUCUGCAAUCCGCCCUGGCAUGCUGUCAAUUAACUUAUGGGCCACAUCCUGACUGAUGGCAGCCCAUUCUUGCAUAAUCAAUGCUUGGAGUUUGUCAGAAUUUGUGGGUUAUUGUUUGUCCACCCGCCUCUUGAGGAUCGACCACAAGUUCUCAAUGGGAUUAAGGUCUGGGGAGUUUCCUGGCCAUGGACCCAAAAUGUUGAUGUUUUGUUCCCCGAGCCACUUAGUUAUAACUUUUGCCUUAUGACAAGGUGCUCCAUCAUGCUUGAAAAGGCAUUGGUCAUCACCAAACUGUUCUUGGAUGGUUGGGAGAAGUUGCUCUCGGAGGAUGUGUUGGUACCGUUCUUUAUUCAUGUUUUUAGGCAAAAUUGUGAGUGAACCCACUCCCUUGGCUGAGAAGCAACCCCACACAUGAAUGGUCUCAGGAUGCUUUACUGUUGGCAUGACACAUGACUGAUGGUAGCGCUCACCUUGUCUUCUCCCGACAAGCUUUUUUCCGGAUGCCCCAAACAAUCGGAAAGGGGAUUCAUCAGAGAAAAUGACUUUACCCCAGUCCUCAGCAGUCCAAUCCCUGUACCUUUUGCAGAAUAUCAGUCUGUCCCUGAUGUUUUUCCUGGAGAGAAGUGGCCUCCUCUCUGCCCUUCUUGACACCAGGCCAUCCUCCAAAAGUCUUCGCCUCACUGUGCGUGCAGAUGCACUCACACCUGCCUGCUGCCAUUCCUGAGCAAGUUCUGCACUGGUGGUGCCCCGAUCCCGCAGCUAAAUCAACUUUAGGAGACGGUCCUGGCGCUUGCUGGACUUUCUUGGGUGCCCUGAAGCCUUCAUUGAUGAUCUGAUAAAUGGUUGAUUUAGGUGCAAUCUUACUAGCAGCAAUGUCCUUGCCUGUGAAGCCCUUUUUGUGCAAAGCAAUGAUGAUGGCACGUGUUUCCUUGCAGGUAACCAUGGUUAACAGAGGAAGAACAAUGAUUUCAAGCACCAACCUCCUUUUAAAGCUUCCAGUCUGUUAUUCUAACUCAAUCAGCAUGACAGAGUGAUCUCCAGCCUUGUCCUCGUCAACACUCUCACCUGUGUUAACAAGAGAAUAACUGACAUGAUGUCAGCUGGUCCUCUUGUGGCAGGGCUGAAAUGCAGUGGAAAUGUUUUUUGGGGGGAUUAAGUUCAUUUUCAUGGCAAUUAAUUAAUUCUUUGCAAUUAAUUGCAAUUCAUCUGAUCACUCUUCAUAACAUUCUGGAGUAUAUGCAAAUUGGCAUUAUAAAAACUGAGGCAGCAGACUUUGUGAAAAUUAAUAUUUGUGUCAUUCUAAACUUUUGACCACGACUGUACACCAAGAGGUUCGGACCUCUUGGCGUAACGGUUCAUGUGUUGGCUUGACAGUCACUGGACACAGGUUCAAGUCCCGGUUGGGGCUACCCCCCAAGUUUUCUACAACAUACAGUACAUCCAUGGUUGGUUUCAUUGACUCUCCCCUUAAACUGCCCCUAAUUUACCCUUUUUUAGCUACAACUUUGGACUCCGUUGGGGAGGAUCAGUUUGAGUAAAGUGAGGUUUAGAAUCACUGAUCUACAAAUGGUAUUCCUUGCCAAAUAAUAGAUUUUGUGCGAUUUAAGAUUAGCAGAGCUACUCAUCCCCUGGCUUAGGCAAUCCCCCUGCCAAACACACACGCACAACUGGAUAUGGAUUGAUUGGAGACAGCUUGUGUCAAUUCCAGAACAUUUCCUACCUGCUGCAGCGCUAGUGGAUGAUGCAGGUAAUACCAAUAAAAGUAGUGUCUCAGUGCCCCAAAACCCCUGGUCCUACUUAUAAACAGGUAUCAGCCUAUAGUGUCUUAUUACAAGGCAUAUAUAUAUAUAUAUAACAGUUGAAGUCGGAAGUUUACAUACACUUAGGUUGGAGUCGUUAACUUGUUUUUCCACCACUCCACACAUUUCUUGUUAACAGAAUAUAGUUUUGGCAAGUCGGUUAGGACAUCUACUUUGUGCAUGACACAAGUCAUUUUUCCAACAAUAGUUUACAGACAGAUUAUUUCACUUAUAAUUCACUGUAUCACAAUUCCAGUGGGUCAGAAGUUUACAUACACUAAGUUCACUGUGCCUUUUAAACAGCUUGGAAAAUUCCAGAAAAUGAUGUCUUGGCUUUAGAAGCUUCUGAUAGGAUAAUUGACAUCAUUUGAGUCAAUUGGAGGUGUACCUGUGGAUGUAUUUCAAGGCCUACCUUCAAACUCAGUGCCUCUUUGCUUGACAUCAUGGGAAAAUCAAAAGAAAUCAGCCAAGACCUCAGGAAAAAAAAUAGUAGACCUCCACAAGUCUGGUUCAUCCUUGGGAGCAAUUUCCAAAUGCCUGAAGGUACCGCGUUCAUCUGUACAAACAAUAGUACGCAGUAUAAACACCAUGGGACCACGCAGCCGUCAUACCGCUCAGGAAGGAGACGCGUUCUGUCUCCAAGAGAUUAAGGUACUUUGGUGCGAAAAGUGCAAAUCAAUCCCAGAACAACAGCAACAGACCUUGUGAAGAUGCUGGAGGAAACGGGUACAAAAGUAUCUAUAUCCACAGUGAAACUAGUCCUAUAUCGACAUAACCUGAAAGGCUGCUCAGCAAGGAAGAAGCCACUGCUCCAAAACCGCCAUAAAAAAGCCAGACUACGGUUUGCAACUGCACAUGGGGAUAAAGAUCGUACUUUUUGUAGAAAUGUCCUCUGGUCUGAUGAAACAAAAAUAGAACUGUUUGGCCAUAAUGACCAUCGUUAUGUUUUGAGGAAAAAGGGGAACGCUUGCAAGCCGAAGAACACCAUCCCAACCGUGAAGCACGGGGGUGGCAGCAUCAUGCUGUGGGGGUGCUUUGCUGCAGGAGGGACUGGUGCACUUCACAAAAUAGAUGGCAUCAUGAGGAAGGAACAUUAUGUGGAUAUAUUGAAGCAACAUCUCAAGACAUCAGUCAGAAAGUUAAAGCUUGGUCGCAAAUGGGUCUUCCAGAUGGACAGUGACCCCAAGCAUACUUCCAAAGUUGUGGCAAAAUGGCUUAAGGACAACAAAGUCAAGGUAUUGGAGUGGCCAUCACAAAGCCCUGACCUCAAUCCUAUAGAACAUUUGUGGGCAGAACUGAAAAAGCGUGUGCGAGUAAGGAGGCCUACAAACCUGACUCAGUUACACCAGCUCUGUCAGGAGGAAUGGGCCAAAAUUCACCCAACUUAUUGUGGGAAGCUUGUGGAAGGCUACCCGAAAUGUUUGACCCAAGUUAAACAAUUUAAAGGCAAUGCUACCAAAUACACUCAAUUAGUAUGUAAAACUUCUGAUCCACUAGGAAUGUGAUGAAAUAAAUAAAAGCUGAAAUAAAUCAUUCUCUCUACUAUUAUUUUGACAUUUCACAUUCUUAAAAUAAGACGGGGAAUUUUUACUAGGAUUAAAUGUCAGGAAUUGUGAAAAACUGAGUUUAAAUGUAUUUGGCUAAGAUGUAUGUAAACUUCCGACUUCAACUGUAUAUAUAAUUAUUUGUUGUUUUUUUGUUGUAUUUUACCCCCUUUUUCGAUCUUCUCAUCGCUGCAACUCCCCAACGGGCUCGGGAGGCGAAGGUCCAGUCAUGCGUCCUUUGAAACAUGACCCGCCAAACCGCGCUUCUUACACCCACCUGCUUAACCCGGAAGCCAGCCGCACCAAUGUGUCGUAGGAAACACUGUUCAACUGACUACCGUGGUCAGCCUGCAGGCGUCCGGUGUGCCACAAGGAGUCGCUAGAGCGCGAUGAGCCAAGUAAAGCCUCACCGGCCAAACCCUCACCUAACCCGGACGACGUUGAGCCAAUAGUGCGCCGCCAAAUGGGACUCCCGAUCACAGCCGGUUGUGACACAGCCUGGGAUCGAACCCGGGUCUGUAGUGACAAUUUUAAAGGCAAUGCGCCUUAGACCACUGCGCCACUCGUGAGACCAAGGCUUAUAAUUUUGUCUCUAUAUGCAUUUCUCAAGAGUUAAAUGUCUUGACUUAUCAAUUGUUUAGCUGCCUUUUUGUCUGUAAGUAAACCAUUCAGGGACGGACAUUAAGGCCGGUGACCUGAACAUGCUCUGAUGUUGCCCCGUUGGGCAGGUGAUUUAAAAAGUGAAUCCUUCCAGUAGGCCUAGCCUAAAACUGAUCUUUGUGAAAGACAGACGAUGUUUGGCAGUUGGGCAAGUUGAGCCUGCUCUGAGAACAACCAAAAUACAAAGAAUUCCAGUUCUUCUUUUUCAGAUUCCUCCCCUGUGUAUGUGAAAGGCAGGCAAUAUAUGGCACUAUUGCGUGUAAAAUAUACUGAACCAAAAAAUAUAAAUGCAACAUGUAAAGUGUUGGUCCCAUGUUUCAAAAGCUGAAAAAUAUCCCAGAAAUGUUCCAUAUGCACAAAAAGCUUAAUUCUCUCAUUGUGUGUACAAAUUUGUUUACAUCCCUGUGGGUGAGCAUUUCUCCUUUGCCAAGAUAAUAUAUCCACCUGACAGGUGUGGCAUAUCAAUAAGCUGAAUAAACAGCAUGAUCAUUACCUAGGUUCACCUUGUGCUGGGGACAAUAAAAGGCCACUCUAAAAUGUCCCUCAAGUUGAGGGAGUGUGCAAUUUGCAUGCUGACUGCAGGGAUGUCCACCAGAGCUGUUGCCAGAACUGAAUGUUAAUUUCUCUAUCAUAAGCCACCUCCAACGUCGUUUUAGAGAAUUUGGCAGUACGUCCAACUGGCCUCACAACCACAGACCACGUGUAACCAUGCCAGCCCAGGACCUCCACAUCUGGCAUCUUCACCUGCAGGAUGGUCUGAGACAAGCCACCCGGACAGCUGAUGAAACUGUGGGUAUGCACAACUGAAGAAUUUCUGCACAAACUGUCAGAAACCAUCUCAGGGAAUGUCAUCUGUGUGCUCAUUGUCCUCAACAGGAUCUUGACCUGACUGCAGUUCGACAUUAUAACUGACUUCAGUGGGCAAAUGCUCACCUUCGAUGGCCACUGGCACACUGGAGAAGUAUGCUCUUCAUGGAUGAGUUCUGGUUUCAACUGUACUGGGCAGAUGGCAGACAGCGUGUAUGGUGUCAUGUGGGUGAGCGAUUUGCUGAUCUUAACGUUGUGAAUAGAGUGCCCCAUGGUGGCUGUGGGGUUAUGGUAGUGCAGGCAGAAGUUAUGGACAACGAACACAGUUGCAUUUUAUUGAUGUUAAUUUGAAUGCACAGAGAUACAGUGACGAUACCCUGAGGCCCAUUGUUGUGCCAUUCAUCCGCCACCAUCACCUCAUGUUUCAGGAUGAUAAUGCACGGCCCGAUGUCGCAAGGAUCUGUACACCAUUCCUGGAAGCUGAAAAUGUCCCAGUUCUUCGAUGGCCUGCAUACCUAGACAUGUCAACCAUUGAACAUGUUUGGGAUGCUCUGGAUUGAUGUUUCCGACAGCGUGUUCCAGUUCCCGCCAAUAUCCAGCAACUUCGCACAGCCAUUGAAGAGGAGUGAGACAACAUUCCACAGGCCACAAUCAACAGCCUGAUCAACUCAAUGCGAAGAUGUCGGGCUGCAUGAGGCAAAUGGUGGUCAAACCAGAUACAGACUGGUUUCUGAUCCACGCCUCUACUUUAUUUUUUAAAAGAUCUGUGACCAACAUGCAUAUCUGUAUUCCCAGUCAUGUGAGAUCCAUAGAUUAGGGCCUAAUGUAUUUAUUUAUAUGAACUGUAAAAUUGUUGCAUGUAGCGUUUUAUAUUUUGGUUCAGUGUAGUUUAUUUUUACAUUAUCGGGAAAGCGAUCAUAAUCUUCGGGUAACCAAAAAAUAAUCCUGACUUACCCGAUGGGCAAGUGUCUUUCAAACUUUGUCAAUACCUGCCAGUUAAAGCAAUAUUUUUGUUGAUGUAAGAGUAACUUUGAAAAUGUAUGCGUUGUGUCCACAGAGCGUCCGGGAAUAUUUGACUUCCAAGGAAAAUCUAAAUGGGAUGGUUGGAAAGCACAGGAAGGUAAGUAUUUUGGACAAUGUAUUAUUCUGCCUUUCCACUCUCUCUGUUUUGAAUGUAACACAAAUCUUCAAUGUGUCCUGUUUCUAUUUUCAAUCCAAUAGGAAAGUCCAAAGAAGAUGCCAUAAAAGAAUAUAUUGCCUUUGUGGAAGAAAUGAAAGCA